CCCUUUUCCUCCCCCUAGAAAACUCCCCCCUCCAUCUUGCUGGGGCCAGGAAGCUAGGUUGCUGACCUAUGCCAUCUUCUUAACUGGCCGCCACACCUAUUGCUCCUGUCUCCUUCUGGGACCCCAGAACCUCGAGAGAUCUCAGCCUGUUAGCAUGAGUCCCCAGGUUCCCACCCUGCUCCUGGGUCUCCUCACAGUGGCUGCUGCACAGAUGUCCCCAGUUGAACCCACAGCCCAGGAUCCUAACUGUGGCCCCCUGCCUAUACCCUUGCCCCUGCCCGUCCUCGUGGGGCUUGUGGCAGCUGAUGCGGUGCUGUCUUUGCUCAUUGUGGGGGCCGUAUUUGCCUGCGCUCGGCCCCGUCGGGCUCCCCAGACGGCAGAGAAGAACAAGGUCUACGUGAACAUGCCUGGGAGAGGCUGAGCCCCACAGUGCACCCCCUUGUGGACCCAUAGCCAGAGGACCCCGGAAUCCCCGUCCAACCCAGGAUAACAACCCCCUACAACUACCCCCAUUGGCGAGUCUGCCUUCACUCUGGAAAUAAAGGAUUCCUUUUCACUC